AUGACAAAUGUUGGUUUAACUGCAAACAACCCGGACAUUUCGCGAGAGACUGUAGAGAACCACUCGCAAGUAAAAAAAGUCAAAAUACACGCGUCUUCAAAGAAAAGAAACCAAGAAGAAAACAACGUAUUUAAUCCAUCCUUUAAUAAACAUUGCCAAGCACUCAUCAAGUGUGCCAAGGAAUACGUUAAAGCUGAACUCUCCAUUCCGGAGCUUAAUUACGAUUUUUAUUGGGCUGCUAAUGAAAUCUCAAAAAUUCUUUCAAAAGUUAAGGGAGUAACAUAUGAUGAUGAUGACCUUGAAGGGUAUGACCUUGGAGAGUGUGAUAACUCUAUGGAAGACUUUGGUAUUACAAUACUAUGGAAACACGUCAAAAUAGAAUAUCCCACGGUAAAAAGUUUUUACAUAUUUGCAAAGACAAAAACCGUUUCACGGAAAUGUAAGAAAUUUAAUGGUUUACGCAGAUGA